AUGACAUCCAACGUCCUUCUUCUUCGAAAUCCACCUGAUGGCGUUGACAAGUACCACUCCGUCUUUCGUGACCUCGGGUAUAACCCCCAUUCUCUAACCGUCCUUGAAACCAUCUUCGUUCAUUCAGGCGAGCUCCGGCAGCAGCUUAUAGACGGCCCCCAGCAAACUGGUCUAUCUGGCGUCAUAGUAACCAGUAGUCGGGCUUGCGAAGCGUACAGGGAGGUCAUCCAGCAAAUCUAUGAGAGUAGUUUGGGGUCACAACGCGUGGCAGCCGACUGGAGUAGUAUCCCCUUCUAUGUCGUUGGCGAGACUACUGCGGCAUCUCUUGCGAAGAUCAAGUCCGACUAUGACACCCCACUUGCUCCUGUCGACAUACGGGGUGCGGCCGAAUCUGGGACCGGUGAACGACUUGCACAUUUCAUCCUAAACGACCUAUAUUCAGCACUUCCUCCCGACAAAAGCCCUCGGUCUCCGCCCAAGCUACUGUACCUGACUGGUGACAAGAACCGAGACACUCUUCCCACUGUCCUUGAGGGUGGCGGCGUCAGCCUCCAGCACCUCCAAGUUUACGCUACUCGGGGCGCGCAAACAUUUAGUGAGGACCUUGACGAACUCCUACGUGGCCAUCCAUAUGAGACCUCAAAAUUGUGGGGAUGGGUCGUUUAUUUCGCACCAUCGUCCGCCGAAUUCACUACUACUUUUUUGCAAAGACGGUUUCAAUUGCCCUCUUCCGCUUAUCUUUCUACUGGCGACCUCUCAUUACCUCCGGUGCGGUUAGCAGCCAUUGGCCCAUCGACUGCUAAUGCUGUCCGAGAUAAGCUUGGACUUACACUCGCCGUCCUCCCCGAGAAGCCUUCACCCGAAAGCCUAGCGUCCGCGAUUAAGGCAUUCGAUAGCAAGAACCCCUGA